AACUGUCGCAAAACUGCCGCUUUUUGCCAAUUUCGCAACGUUUGCGACUGUGGAACAAUGGAAACACGCCCAUAGUGACAGUGACAGCACUGAUUUCACCUUGUUUUUGUGCUGUUUUUUCACAAAUUCUACCUAUUUCAACAAAGUGCUGCCUGCCCGAGGUACAAGAGAGGAUACCGAAAAUGAACGACUUAGACCGGCAAUUGAGCGAGCUGGCGCUGAUCAACAAGUCGGAGCUGCCGCCCAACCCCCAUCUGAUGAACCCGGGGAAGAAAGUGGGCCCUGCCGUGCCCCCCAAACCCAAAAAGCAGCAGCCGCUGGUGCCACAGUCGUACCCGCUCAAGCAGCCUGUGGAACCCAGCUAUUCGUCCCGGAUUCAGUCCGGGCAGUUCUACUCCAACCUGCCCCCUCCGGGCAGCCAAGCCCUGUACUCAAACACCCCGAACUUGAGAGCGGCGGACUAUGCCAGAGUGUCUGAAAGUAAUUACGCCAAUUUGCCAGCGGGACGCAAUGAGGAUCAGUACUCGCGCAGCGCGUCAGCGCUUAGCAACAGUUCGCUGCCCAGAAGCACUGUCAGCUACGGCAGCGGUUACGCCACCAAGAACACCAGUACGGCGUCGACUUUGGGCGGCAGCCCCAAGCCCUACCUGCCCUCCCAGUCCGACGUAACUUAUAGCAACGUGCAGAUGGCCCCAAGCAGGCACAACAACAGCAUGAUCUACAGCAACUUGGCGCACCCACCGCGCGACGGCGCCGUCUACAGCAACUUGCCGCCAAGUGGAGGCGCCUUCCCCAAUGGAGAUGAUCUGCCGCCUCCUCCACCUCCGUUGGAUAUGAGCUCGGGCCUGGCCGACUAUGCGCCUUGCACGGUGAACACCAACUUGCCCCCGCCCCCAGAAGAUCUGCUGCCGCCGCCGUCUCCUGUCAGCUCCAGCUACAGCGAGCUGCGCAGAGCCACUGAGCCGCGACAGGAUUUUCACAACUACAGCAUGGGCUCGCAGGCUUCCUCCACCUACGAGUCGAUCUACGAACCGAUCAAUCCACGGCCGCCCAGUCAAAUGUCGUCCAGGUCCAACUACUCGUUGUAUGCCCCCUACAGUGGGGCCAGCAGUGCUAUGACUGGGCCGAGCCAAUCAGUGAGCCGAAUUGGGCACAACAAGGAACAAGAAGUGGAUAGUUUGACGGAUAUGCUUGUCCAAGGCAUGCGCCCGCCCACCUCAAUUGACCACGAAGACGUUUAUGGCGUGUGCGUCAAGUGUGGCGAUAAGAUUGUCGGCGAAAACAGCGGCUGUACGGCCAUGAAUCAGCUCUACCAUAUCAAAUGCUUCACCUGCCACCACUGCGCGAUCAACCUGCAGGGCAAGCCGUUCUACGCGCUGGACGGACGCCCCUAUUGCGAAGAAGACUAUUUGAACACCCUGGAGAAGUGUUGCGUGUGCCAGAAGCCCAUCUUGGAUCGCAUUCUUAGGGCGACUGGCAAGCCUUAUCAUCCGUCCUGUUUCUGUUGCGUGGUCUGCGGCAAGAGUCUGGACGGAAUCCGCUUCACUGUAGAUGCCACCAAUCGCGUGCAUUGCAUCGAAGAUUUCCAUAAGAACUUUGCGCCUCGCUGCUGGGUUUGCAAGCAGCCAAUAAUGCCAGAGCCCGGCGAAGAGGAAACUGUGCGCGUCGUAGCUUUGGACCACAGUUUCCAUAUUCAGUGCUAUAAGUGCGAGGACUGUGGUCUUGUGCUGUCGUCCGAAGCUGAAGGCAGAGGUUGCUACCCUCUAGACGGCCAUGUACUAUGCAAAAGCUGCAACGCCAAGCGGGUACAAGCGCUCACCAGCCACAUGACCACCGAACUCUAGUGCUACCGGUCAGUACGGGUUUUCCAGUUAAUUUUAGUUUACGGAAUACACACAUUCCAGCUUAUUUUCGGGCAGUCUAUUACUUCCGCGGUUCAGUAUUCAGACCAAGCAGCAGGGUAGAACGCUCUUUAAAUGCUGUGCGUUUUAUUAGUAGAAUUAUUAAGUUUAACAUAGAUUUUAUUGCCUCAUAUUCACCCAGACGGUUGCUUUCCUAUACGAUAAGUCUUAGUCUUUUUGAAAAUUCCAGUCGAUUUAGUUAAACAUCAUUUUUGUGAUUAACUACGUGAAUGUGCCAAUAAAUAAGUACAUGAGGAAAAAUAA